AUGGCACCACCAACCCUGACAGAAUUGUUCACAAAAGAGUUCCAAUCCUUCAAGUCCCCACCGCCAAAAGAGACCGCGCCAGUCCCAAAAGUCGGCGACCCAGCACCGUCGCAUGACAAGAUCAAGCUCCCAGACAAGCCCACAAUAGUCGUCUUCUUGCGGCACUGCGGUUGCCCAUUCGCCGAGAAGACCUUCCGCAACCUAACCGCCUUUUCCAUCAAGCACCACCCGCAGAUCCACUGCAUAGCCGUGUCGCACAGCAACGACGCCGCGACGACCGACUGGGUGGAGCACGUGGGCGGCGCGUGGGAGGUGGACGUGGUGGUGGACGAGGAGCGCGAGGCGUACGCGGCGUGGGGCCUGGGCCUGUCGUCCUACUGGCACGCCAUCGGGCCCUUCUCCAUCUACAGCGCCGUGCAGCUCGGCAAGACCGAGGGCAUCUGGAACCGGACCACCGAGAGCGGCACGCGCUGGCAGAUGUCCGGCGCCUUUGCCACGGACAGGAAGGGCGUGGUGCGCUGGGUCAGCAUCGCGCGCUCCGCGAGCGAGUUGCCGGACUUUGACGCCGCGCUUAAGGCGCUGAUCGAGGUGCCUACGGAGGCUUCGUGA